AUGACGCAGAAGCUGGUGCAGCGACUGCAGGACCCCUCUCUGCGCCCCACCCGUAAGGGACUUCCCCACUCACCUUCUGACAGCAAGAGUGCUGCUGUAAUGGAGGAUGGAGGGAUGGAGAGAGGCGGAAGAGAGGAGGGGGUCGACGAUUGGGACGAGGGUGCGGAGGGAAGUUGGGGGGUGCCACAUUCGCUGUCUGCUGAUACGAGUGCUGCUGACGUGGUGGGCCAAGGGAGGAAGGGAGGAGGAAGUGAGGAGAGGGGAGUGAGAGAGGAAGGGGGAGGGAAUGAGGAUGGAGGAGGAGGAGAGGAAGGAGGGGGAGAGAGCGAAGAGGGGAGAAGGAUCCGGGUGGAGCUGGUUGGGGAUGGAGGGGAGGGCGAGGACUCGGGAGGGGAGGGACGAGAGGGGGGAGUGGGAGGAGAAAGAAGAGUAGGUAGGAGCGAGGGCGAAAAGGGGGAGGAGGAGGGAGAGGAGGAGGUUGAGGAGUUGGGAGGGGAGAGAGUGGGGGAGGAGGUGGGGGAAAGAGGCAAUGGAGAGGGGUUGGAGGAGCUUCUGUGGUGGGAGGCGAGGGCAAAGGGAUCGGAGCAUGGAAGGCAGAGGGAUGGGAAUGAUGAUGGGAGUGAGGAUGGGAGGGAUAAGGGACUGGAGCAUGGAGAGGAGAAGGGUGUGAGGGAUGAUGGGAGUGAGGAGGGGGGGAAGGGAGGCAGUGGGGGGGAGGGGCUGGAAGAACUGCUGUGGUGGGAGGUGAGGGAGAAGAGAAUGGAGCAUGGAGAGGAGAGGGGUGAGGGUGAGGAGGAGGGGAGGAAGGGAGAAAAGGCGCUGCAUGGGAGGGAGGGGGUGGGGAGGGAUAGCAGGAGGCGUUGGGAGAGGGAGCUGGAAGGAGGUGAGGGGGAGGGAAAUGGGCGAUCAGCUUACAGGGGGAGCGAUUUUUCCUGGGAUUAUGAGGGAAGGGAGGAUGCAUGGGGUAGUGGUGCAGAGAGGGAGAGUGUGGGGACUGAGCGUGUGAGGAGUGGGGAUGGGGCAAGUGAGAGGGGGCUGCUUGGGGGUUACAGACGCAGGCGAUUGCUGGAGCGAGUGGUGUGGGCCGAUGUGGGGGGGAGCGGCAAAGCAAGGGGGAGCGAUGUUGGGGGGGACGAAGCAGAGGGGGAUGAUGUGUGGGGGAGCGAGGUAAGGGGAGGCGUUUCCUGGGUGGGAGGCCAGGGUGAAGGGCUUGUUAUGGAGGGGCCUCGCACAGAGGGGCAGGAGAAGAUGGGUGAGGAGGGGGGAAAAGGAGGUGCACUGCGGUGGGAGGCGGUGAGGGCGCGAGUGAGGGAGGUGAGGGAGCUGCGGUUGCGCAUAGAGCAUCGUGUGCGAGCACGGCUGGAGCAGUGGGCUGAGGGCAUGCGGCUGGCACGGAUUGGCGCCAUGUGGGGCGAGUGGAAGCACAUGCAGCGGAUGAGGGGCGAGGGAGGGGAGGGGCGUGAGGGGAUGGAAGGGAGAGAGGAGCAAGAGGGAAGGGAAGGGAGGGACGGGAGGGGGUGGAGGGAUGAGGGAAAAGAAGCGGUGCAAGAGGAAAGGCAGGGGGCGUUGUGGAUGGUGAAAGGAGUGCGGAGAGUGAUUGGUGCGGUCAGGGGAUUGUGGUGGAGGAAGGGGAGGGAUGCAGGCCUGAAGGGGAGAAGGGUGGGGACGCAGGAGGCAAUGGAGAGCGGGCAGAGAAGGUUCCUGGCAAUGCACCUGCGAUUCGACCUGGUGAGCCACCUGCGAUUCGACCUGGUGAGCCACCUGCGAUUCGACCUGGUGAGCCACCUGCGAUUCGACCUGUGGGCAGAGGAGGAGGAGGUUUCUGGCGAUGCACCUGCGAUUCGACCUGGACAUGGUGGCCCACUCGCGGUGCGACUAUGGAGAGGCGAGGGAGAGGACAUGGUGGCACACUCGAGGUGCGACUAUGGGGAGGCGAGGGAGGAGCGGGAGCAGAUGAGGCGGUACUGGAAAAGGGCGUGGGGGGAGCUGGAGGGUAAAGUGCAGCACACCCCGCAGCAGCUGAGGGCGGCUGGCAAGUGUCCCCUCACGCCAGAGGAGGCGGGGCUGGUGCUGGCGGCUCUGGGAUUCUCCAGACACACACAGCUCUACGUGGCUUCGUACCAGGUGUAUGGCGGCCCCACUCGCAUGGCUGCACUGCUCCGCCUCUUCCCCAAUCUCGAGGAUAAGACGACGCUUGCCACCCCGGAGGAGCUGCGGCCGUUCCGUGGGCGGGCGUCCAUGUUGGCAGCACUGGACUUCUACGUCAGCACACACAGUGACGUGUUUGUGUCCACGUCAGCAGGCAACAUGCAUAAUGUCAUGGCUGGGUACCGAGCCUAUUAUGGAGGCAGCAAGACCAUCAAGCUCAACACCCCUCUCCUAGCCUCGCUCCUUCAAACACCGAACCUAACUUGGCCGGACUUCACCCGAGCCGUGCGCACGGGCCAUGAGGGCAGGCUUGGACAGAUCAAGGCUCGACGAGUGGACCAAUCACUGUACACAUAUCCUGCCCCUGAGUGCUUGUGUAGAGAGGAUGGUGAAACAAGGAGAGGGGUAGAGGCGAGGAGAGGAGGGCUAUGGCGGUGGUGGUGGUAUGGGGAGCAAAAUCAGAAGCUGGUGAAAGUGCAGGUGCAAGAGCCUCACCCUCCAUGGUGA